GCUCGCACUGCCGUUGAGAACGCCCGUCGCAAAACACUUGUGGCACUUCGAACGAACGCAGCAAUGGCGACAAGGACGAGCAACAGCGAUGCCAGACCCCGCUCUCAGUCGGGCCAGGGCCCAUCCUCCCUGGUGCGGGGUGUUAUUGAUUCAGAAGCUCAGAAAAUGCGAUGUUCGAGAAGUCAGCAGAGAAAGCAAAAAAGCAAUCCACGCCGAUCUGAGGUAUUGCAAAAUACGAGCAGCCAUGAAGUAGAGCAUCCGAACAGAAGACUGAAGGGUGCAAAUGAUCCGAAGUUGUCUAGGCGUCAAAGAAACAUGAAGAACCUUAUGAUGCUCAAUCGAUUGGAAACUAACAUAGGGCGACUGGAGACCCGCUUACUGGAACUGGGGUUGGACUUAGACAGGGAGGGAAGUGUGCAGUCUCCGCGGCAACUAGCAGUGUCUGACAAGCCACGUUCACCUUCAUCGCUUUCUAUUCCCGGGUCUGAAAACAUAGUGGAAGAAGGUCUAUGGCGUUGUGGGCCGUGUCCUGAGGCGACCCUCGAGGACUCGGGAGUGCCACGCACCUUCCCAUCUAUGGAUCGAGAAGAUGACGUGCCCCAAAACCCUGAAGUGAAUAAGAGCCCUUUUCUUGAUGACUUUAACGGCCUUCUAAUUCCAAGGUGCAUAAUGGGUGGUCCAGCUGAUAGGAAAAUUCCGGUUCUAUCGCGUGAAGGCUUGCAGUGGAUGAACCAGAAGGCUGGCAUGACCCCUAGGAUAUCGUCCGGGAUCCAUAGCAAUGCGACGUCGUUUGGAAUAUUGGGUGAUGACUUCCCAAAGGCUUUCUGCCCGCUUCCAUCGAAAGAGGAAGCAGAAUCGCUCCUGUAUCAGUACUUACAGAACUUCAACUGCCUGUGCCCUCUAUUUGAGCAGGCAAAGCUUACCUCUCUUUUCAAUGAAGAUAACCUGAACACUGCCCUUCGAGUUCCUUCUUGCUGGGCUAGUGUUAAUGUUGUGUUCGCUUUGGGGAUCGCAUUUCGUGUCAAAGAUACCAGAUCUGUGGUCUAUCCAGGCGCUCCUAGGGAUGAUCGGUCUUGGGAGGUUGAACGAGGACAUUACACUAUCCUCCGAAGAUAUGCAACAUCGGAGAAGAAUAUUUUGGAUUGCGUAUUGGCUAGAUAG